UCAAAAAGCUUUACUUUUUUUCUUUCAGAGAUCCAUCUGCAGAGAACAAUGGUUGCAGGAUCCUUCACCCGAGAGAAUGUGACAAAAAUUUCGCUUGAUAGAGUAUGGAAAGCAGGUGUUCUUGAUGCUCAUAAUUUGAUCCCAAAGCUUCUAUCUGAUUUCAUCUCAAGUGUCGAGCUUCUUGAAGGAGAAGGUGGACUUGGCACUGUCAAAAAGACCAAUUUCACUGAAGCUGUGAAGGAAUUUCGCUUUGUUACAGACAAGAUUGAGUUGCUAGACACUGAGAACCACAUAGUAAAGCAGUCUGUCAUUGAUGGAGGGCUUAUUGGCCAAAGGCUAAAAUCAUACUCAUUUGAAAUGAAAUUUGAAGUAGUAAACAGUUCUGAAACUUUGGGAAAGAUCACAUUAGAAUAUGACACCAUAGAUGACACUCCUCUUAGUGAUGAAGAGCAGGAAGAAAUCAUGAAAGGCUUGUUUCUGAUUAUAAAGGCUAUUGAAGGAUAUCUGAUUGAAAAUCCAACUUCUUAUGCCUAAAUUUAUAGCCCAUCUGUUGAGGCUAAUCUUAUUCAGUGCUUGUUUGUGGCUUGUUGUGGUGAUAAGAGAGAGUUUCUUGUUUCUUUAAAAUGUUAAGAGGAGUGAGUAUCUUACUAUCUUGUGCUAUUUGAAGAGAGGAAGAUGUGUUUCUUGUGUUAUUUUUCCUCUUCUGUUUGUCUCCAAAUGUUUGCUGAUGAAUAAAGG